AUGGCUCAAAUGGUUGGUUCAGAUGACAUAGAGUCACUGAGAAUCGAGUUGGCAGAGAUUGGAAGGAGCCUGAGGUCUUCAUUCAGGCGCCAAACAUCAAAUUUCAGAAGCGGCUCAGUCAGGAGUGACAAUGAUGCUGAUAUUGAAUAUGCUAUGCAGUGGGCUACCAUUGAGAGAUUGCCUACUUAUGACAGGCUGAAAUCAUCCUUGUUCGAUGUUGAUACUGUAGGAAAAAGUGUGGUUGAUGUAACCAAGCUUGAUCCUCUUCAGAGGCACACUCUUAUAGAGAAGCUCAUCAAGCACACUGAGCAUGAUAACCUCAAGUUGCUGAAGAAAAUCAGAGCAAGAAUUGACAAAGUUGGUGUAGAGUUGCCUUCUGUAGAGUUGAGAUUUAAGAAUUUGGGUGUGGACGCCGAGUGUGAGAUUGUCCAGGGAAAGCCACUUCCAACUCUCUGGAAUUCUGUAAAAUCUUCACUUUCUGUUUUUUCAAGGUUUCCAGGUACCAAGUCAAAAGAAGCAAAGAUAAACAUCAUUAAUGAUAUCAGUGGCAUCAUAAAGCCUGGAAGGAUAACUCUUCUUCUUGGCCCCCCAGGUUGUGGGAAGACCACCCUUUUGAAGGCUCUCUCAGGAAAUCUUGACAAAUCUCUAGAGGUGGCAGGGGAAAUUUCCUACAACAGUUACAGGCUAGAUGAGUUUGUUCCCCAAAAAACUUCAGCAUAUAUAAGCCAAGAAGACCUGCACAUAGCAGAAAUGACAGUGAGGGAAACACUCGACUUUUCAGCCCGAUGUCAGGGUAUUGGAAGCCGAGCAGAUAUCAUGCUCGAGGUCAGUAGAAGAGAGAAAGAAGCCGGAAUUGUGCCAAAUCCAGAUGUGGAUACUUAUAUGAAGGCGACUUCUGUUGAAGGACUAAAAAGAACUCUUCAAACAGACUAUGUUUUGAAGAUCCUUGGACUUGAUAUUUGUGCUGACACAAUGGUUGGAGAUGUCAUGAGAAGAGGUAUCUCUGGUGGUCAGAAAAAGAGAUUGACUACAGGGGAAAUGAUUGUUGGUCCAACAAAAGUUCUAAUGAUGGAUGAAAUAUCAAAUGGUUUAGACAGUUCAACUGCAUAUCAAAUUGUUGCCUGCCUCCAGCAGAUGGUGCAUAUCACAGAUGCUACAGGACUGAUUUCACUUCUUCAGCCGGCGCCUGAAACCUUUGAACUCUUUGACGACAUCAUUUUGAUGACAGAAGGAAAGAUUGUGUAUCAAGGACCACGUGAUAAGGUUAUAGAGUUUUUUGAGGACUGUGGAUUCAGGUGUCCUGAAAGAAAAGGUGUAGCUGACUUUCUCCAGGAGGUGAUAUCCAAGAAGGACCAAGCACAAUACUGGUACCAGACAGAAGAUCCCUAUCAUUAUAUUCCAGUUGAUGUGUUCUGCCAGAAUUUCAAGGAAUCUUCUCUUGGUAAGAAGCUAUAUGAAGAUCUCUCAGUGCCAUUCGAUAAUUCGAAAAGCCAAAAGAAUGCUCUUUCCUUCGAUGUGUAUUCUCUUUCGAAAUGGCAAUUGCUUAAAGCUUGCAUGUCAAGGGAAUUUCUUCUCAUGAAGAGAAAUUUUUUUCUCUAUGCAUUCAAAACCAUCCAGAUUAUCAUCAUUGCACUUAUCACAAUGACUGUCUUCAUAAGGACUCGGAUGGACAUUGAUGUUCUUCAUGCCAGUUACUACAUGGGAGCCCUGUUCUUCGGAUUAGUAAUACUUCUUGUUGAUGGUAUUCCAGAGUUGAGUAUGACAACUCAAAGACUUCCUGUUUUCUAUAAGCAGAGAGAUCUGCGCUUCUACCCUGCUUGGGCAUAUGCAAUUCCAACAGCUAUUCUGAAAGUUCCCCUUUCACUAAUUGAAUCUGUAGUUUGGACAUGUCUUACCUACUAUGUCAUCGGAUACACCCCUGAGGCCUCGAGGUUCUUCCGUCAGCUCAUUCUACUUUUUGCUGUGCACUUGACAUCAUUAUCCAUGUUCCGAUUUGUGGCAUCAGUCUGCAAGACUGUAAGUGCUGCUAUGACAGCUGGUGGUUUUGGACUAUUACUAGUCAUGAUAUUUGGCGGCUUCAUUAUCAAACAUCCCUCUAUGCCAGUGUGGUUAAAGUGGGGUUUUUGGGUUUCUCCUCUUACAUAUGCAGAGAUAGGUGUUUCUGGAAAUGAAUUUCUUGCUCCUCGGUGGCAAAAGAUGGUGCCUUCAAAUGCUACAAUAGGGAAAGCAAUACUUGACAGCCGCGGACUAAACUAUGAAGGAUAUUUCUUAUGGAUAUCACUUGGUGCCUUGUUCGGAUUUGCUCUACUUUUCAACUUUGGCUUUGUCUUGGCCUUAAGCUUUUUGAAGCCUCCUGGAUCAUCUCGUACCAUGAUUUCACGGGAAAAAUUUGCCAAGAUACAAAGAAGGCCAAGUUCCAAUGAUCAUCUAAUAAAGGUUAAUUUAAUUCCUCAUUUUGUAGCCUGUUCUGUCAUAUUUGUAUCCAAUUUAAUGUAUGACAUUUCUUUAAUGUUUUCAGGCAGGAUGGUUUUACCUUUUCAACCACUAACACUAACAUUUCAGAACAUGAACUACUUUGUUGACACUCCUCUGGAAAUGAGAGAACAAGGCUUUGCAGACAAGAAACUCCAGCUACUUUCUGAUGCUACAGGUGCAUUAAGGCCUGGUGUUCUUACAGCACUAAUGGGGAUUAGUGGAGCUGGGAAAACCACUCUUUUUGAUGUUCUUGCAGGAAGAAAAACCACUGGCUAUAUUGAGGGGGAUAUUAAAAUCGGUGGGUAUCCAAAGGUUCAAGAAACAUUUGCCAGAAUUUCAGGUUACUGUGAGCAAACUGACGUACAUUCUCCUCGAAUCACAGUAGGAGAAUCUCUGAUGUUUUCUGCAUGGCUCCGGUUGUCUCCUGAGAUUGACUCAAAAACUAAAGCUGCAUUUGUAAAUGAAGUCCUAGAGAUCAUUGAGCUUGAUGAAAUUAAGGAUUCUUUAGUUGGCUUGCCAGGUGAUGGUCUAUCAACGGAGCAACGCAAGCGCCUCACAAUAGCUGUUGAACUUGUUGCCAAUCCCUCUAUAAUCUUUAUGGAUGAACCCACAACUGGUUUAGAUGCACGAGCAGCAGCGAUUGUCAUGCGAGUUGUGAAGAAUGUAGUUGAGACUGGAAGGACAAUUGUGUGCACUAUCCACCAACCAAGUAUUGACAUAUUUGAAGCAUUUGACGAGUUGAUCCUUUUGAAAAGGGGUGGGCGUGUCGUCUAUUCUGGAGAAUUGGGAAGGCAUUCCAGCAAGCUAAUAGAAUAUUUCCAAAGAAUCAGUGGGGUAACGAAGAUUAAGGAUAAUUAUAAUCCGGCAACAUGGAUAUUAGAACUCACUUCUCCAUCUGCAGAAGCUGAACUUAAUGUAGAUUUUGCUGAAAUAUACAAAGAUUCUGUUCUAAAUGAGAAAAAUAAAGAGCUUGUAAGGGAGUUGAGUUUUCCGCUUCCCGAUUCAACAGAUCUGCAUUUCCCAACACGCUUCUCGCAAAACUUUUGGGGGCAAUUCAAGAAGUGCCUAUGGAAACAGUACUUGUCUUAUUGGAGAAGCCCAUCAUACAACUUGCAUCGAAUCACUCAUGUAUUGAUAGCAUCUGUUCUUUUUGGUGUACUCUUUUGGAACCAAGGAAGAAAUAUGAAUGACCAGCAGAGUUUAUUCAACAUAUUCGGUGCAUUAUAUGUUGCUGUAAUAUUCUUGGGCAUAAACAACUGUUCAUCGGUCAUGUCAUAUGUUGCAACAGAGCGAACUGUUAUGUAUCGCGAAAAAUUUGCAGGGAUGUACUCCCCAAGGGCUUAUGCAUUUGCGCAGGUGGCAGUUGAAAUUCCCUAUAUCUUUGUUCAAGCAAUUUUGUUUGUACUAAUCACUUAUCCGAUGAUGGGAUUUUACUGGUCGGUGUAUAAGAUUUUCUGGAAUUUGUAUGCCAUGUUCAUGACAAUGUUGUACUACAAUUAUUUGGGCAUGCUUCUUGUGGCUUUGACACCAAAUGAAAUGGUUGCUGCUAUUCUAUCCUCAGUUUUCUAUACUUUGUUCAAUCUAUUUUCGGGAUUUGUCAUGCCUCAACCGCAAAUUCCGAAGUGGUGGAUUUGGUUGUAUUAUUUAACUCCUACUUCGUGGACACUAAACGCUAUGAUCACUUCACAAUAUGGAGAUAUCAGCAAGGAAAUUACUGUGUUUGGGGAAUCAGUAAGUGUAUCUUCCUUCAUCAAAGAUUAUUUCGGUUUUCGCCAUGAUCGUUUGGCUAUUACUGGUGUUGUUCUUGUUGCAUUUCCCCUGUUCUAUGCUUCUCUUUUUGCAUAUUUGAUUGGACGGUUGAACUUUCUCAGAAGGUGAAACGUUUGGAGAGGAUGCAAAUUACUACAAUAUCACAGUAAAUGGUUAUGCUGUAACUUUUUAAAAUUUGCAUCUAACAUAAC